AUGCUCCUUCCCUACUGUGUUCCUCCACCUCUAUUUUCUCCCCUCAGCGGCGCAGCAGCAGACUACUCUCCUGUUAUCCCACCUCCUCUUAUUUCUCCUCACAGUGGCGCAGUAGCAGACUACUCCGCCAUUAUUCUUCCUCCUCCUUUUUCUCCCCCCAGCGGCGCAGCAGCAGACUACUCCUCCAUUAUCCCUCCUCUUAUUUCUCCCCUCAGCGGCGCACCAGCAGACUACUCCGCCAUUAUCCCUCCUCCUCUUAUUCCCCCCCUCAGCGGCACAGCAGCAGACUACUCCGCCGUUAUCCCUCCUCUUAUGUCUCCCUUCAACGGCGCAGCAGCAGACUACUCUGUCGUUAUCCCUCCUCCUCUUAUUUCUCCCCUCAAUGGCUUAGCAGUUGACUACCUCGUCCCUAUUCCUCCUCCUCUUUUAUCUCCCCACAUUUGCUCCAUUGCUACCCCCUUCCCCCGCAGGUCGACUGUCGGGUCCGCGUCCGCUCCCACGGGCGCCGCAGCGGAAAGGGCAGGGGAGGCACGGGCGGCGCGGGUGACGGCGGGGGAGGCGGUGGUGGGGGUGGUGGCGGCGGUGGAGGCGGUGGCGGGGCUGGAGGGGCUAGUGGCAGCGGUGGGAGUGGUGGAGGCAGCGGCGGCGGCGGUGGCCGGGCUCCAGCUCUGA